CAGGGGCGGACUGACAACUCAUGGGACCCCCGGGCAAUAGGGGAUCAUGGGGCCCCUGUGUCCUUGCCCAAACUAAAAAAAGAAUAUGAAAAAGGUACCAGGGGCAUUUUAUGGGGCCCCCUACUGACCCGGGGCCCUCGGCCAGUGCCCAAGUGCUCGAAUGGUCAGCCCGCCCCGGUUCAUGAGACAAGCAGGCUACAGGUUGGGCUUGGACUUCUGGCUACAGGUUUUUCACCUUCCCAGAAAGGAAAAAAGUAUUUGUAGUGUGCGCCAU